GUCAAUAGCUACUCCCCGCUGUAGCACGCCUGAGAAAACCCUAGUAUAAUUAAGGAUUUGAGAGCUCUGAGUUGAAUCGUUCGCUCCGAAAGACGCACAGCGGCCAUCGAAAAUCCCUUUCCUCCAGCCAUCUCAAAGAAGCUCGAAAUGGCGUCAGAGAGGAAGCUCAGUAACCCUAUGAGGGAAAUCAAGGUCCAGAAGUUGGUCCUCAAUAUCUCCGUCGGUGAGAGUGGAGAUCGUCUCACCAGAGCCGCUAAGGUCCUGGAACAGCUCAGUGGACAAACCCCUGUUUAUUCCAAAGCUAGGUACACUGUUAGGUCCUUUGGUAUCAGGCGUAAUGAGAAGAUUGCCUGCUAUGUCACCGUGAGAGGGGACAAGGCGAUGCAACUUUUGGAAAGUGGCUUGAAGGUCAAGGAAUAUGAAUUGCUGCGAAGGAACUUUAGUGACACUGGCUGCUUUGGGUUUGGUAUUCAGGAGCAUAUUGAUCUUGGCAUCAAGUAUGAUCCCUCCACUGGUAUCUAUGGUAUGGACUUCUAUGUCGUCCUGGAGAGAGCAGGCUACCGUGUUGCCAGGCGCCGUAGGUGCAAGACACGUGUUGGUAUCCAGCACAGGGUCACAAAGGACGAUGCAAUGAAAUGGUUCCAGGUCAAAUAUGAGGGCGUGAUCCUUAACAAGGCUCAGAAUAUUACUGGUUGAUUGACCACUAGACCUUAGCGAAGGGGAGGGUUUACCAGUUUUUGAGGGAUUCUGUUAGCUGUAUUACAAGUUUGCUCUAAAGGUUUAAUAUGCAACGUUUUGUGUUUCUGACUGUUUAAUGAUAUGGCGUUCAUUUUUUCCUGUGGUGUUCCUCUCAUUCAUCACCCAUUGUGAACAGUUGCCUCUUUAUCGCUUUAUUUGGUGAAACUAACCUAGAUUCUCAUAUUUGCAACUUGAAAUUGAUAGUAAUUCUUGGAGUGAUAACUGUCAUUUAGGUUAUCUUUUGGGUUUAAGGUUCUUCUGGAUUAAAUAAACGAAAUUGGAUUGUUGAGUGGGAGUAAUUUCACGGCUGUGUAACAAUAUG